UUUUUUCCAUAAAAAUAUGUCAACUGCAUGCGCACAAGUUGGCAUAUUUUAGAAAGGAAAAUCAGAUUAGUAUAUUACUUAUAAAUAAAAAUAAUUUACACAAUUAUGUGUAUAAUUCCAAAUAUUUUUUCGGCAUGCGGACAUAUCGGGAUAUUUUUAUGUACGAACAAUUGCCCUAAUAAUUUUGGGACCUAUGGCCACUGGAUCACAGAUAGUACAUUGCCCUAUUGAAGAAAAGAGUGUUUUCGAACCAACUUAAAACCCUAGAUAACUUAAUCCAAAAAUCCCCCGAUACCGAAGAUCUCCCAAGAACCGCCAACCUUAGUCCGCACACCUUUUUCAAGAUUUCUAAGGUUAGAAAUUAUAUACUUUUCUGAUUUAUCUUACAAUCCCACCCAGAAUUAAAAUCUCUCAUUUGUUCUUAUCCUCUUAAUCUUUUACAACCAUUCUUCUAAGUUUUUUCCAUCCUAAAAAUAAAUAAUUGACGUAGUGUGCCACACAUUAACGAAAAAACAUGUAUAUACUAUAGUUGAGGAUGAUACUGGUCUGACAUGGUUAAAAAAAACUGUGGCACUAAUGGCGCGCGAUGUGUGCUCCUCAUUUUCUUUUUGAAGAUAAAAAAAUUCUAUACUUUUUUUAUGUAAAAGCAAAAGGACCAUUAAUAGAGCCAAAGCUGACUUUAAUACUUUCUCUCAUUAAAAAAAUUUUUUAUGGUAUUAUUGACUAAUGGGCUUUGAAUAAAAAAAUAUUUUUAGGAUAAAAAAAUUUUUCUAAUAAUUCACUUAAAAUAAUUAAUUUUUUUUUUAUUUUUUAGAAGCAAGUUUUAAAGAAAAAAUGUUUUAUGCGUGCCUUUCAAUUCUUUUACUAUUAUUAAUUUCAUUGGCUUGUGUUUGUUUGUCUAUAAUUGAUCUGGAAACUUAUAAUUUUGGUCUUUAUAUUGUUUUGCUUUGCAUUGUUGGUACAAUGCUUGCAUGUGCUUUAUGUGUGGCUAACCCAAAUGCAUGCCCAAAUCCUGGAUGGUACUCCAAUUUUUGUUUAAUGCUUCAAGAAAUGUAUCCAAGUCCAGAAGAUUCAGUUAAAGCAGCCAUCGCUUCACCUGAAAUGAAUGGUCUUCGUUCUAGAAUGAUGGCACAUUAUGGAGUAAAUGUGAAUCAAAUGGGAGGAGAACAACAACAACAACCAACCUCAAGUAGUGGUGAAGGGGGAAGAUUAACGUUAAGGCAAGAAUCGAGAGCAACAGUAGCAAUGCUUGCCCCAGCCGUUCAUAUAAUGCACCAAGUAUGGAGAGGAAUGGCUUGGGUUGCUGAGGGGAUGGAUGAUGAGGAAGAUUUAACAAAAAGUUAUGAUCAGAUUGAACAAGGAACCUCCCAUUCCAUAAGUCAAGAAUGUACGGAUUCUUCUCAAAAAAGGCUUUCAACAAUUGCAGAAUCAAGCAGUGGGGGUGUAAUCGAACAAAAUCCAGAGGAAAGUGGGGAAUUUGGUUCUGGGAAAGAUGUUAUUGUUUAAAUA